AUGGACUUCAUGGAGGCUGGUGCAGAGGGUAGUGCUGGAGGUAUGCUAUGCUUGUGGAAUCCAGAUAUAUUUGCUUUACAGGAAUGCUGCAGUAAUAGAAACUUUGUUCUGUUGCCAGGAGGUGAUUUCAAUGAAGUUAAAGUUAUGAGUGAAAGGAAAGGGUGUUUGAGGAGGGAUAGAGGAAUAAAGGAUUUCAAUGAGUUAAUUGAAAACUUGGAGCUGAUUGAUAUCCCAAUGAUUGGCAGAAUCUUUACAUGGUGCAAUGCUUUGGAUGGGGAUAGGUGGAGUAGGAUUGAUAGAUUCCUACUUGACCAUAAAUGGUUGGAAAAGUUCUCAUUUAAGCAGUUGGGGCUACCUAGAAGUAUUUCUUACCACUGCCCUGUAUUGUUAAUGGAAGAUGAGAGGGAUUGGGGUCCAAGGCCUUUCAAGUUUAUAAAUGCUUGGAGAUUACAUCCUAAUUUUAAAUCUGAAGUGAGGAAAUCUUGGAAUAAUAGUCAGGUUAGCGGUUGGGCUAGUUAUAGGUUUAUGAAAAAGCUGGGGAAUCUCAGAGCACAUCUCAAAAGAUGGAAUAGUGAAGUGUUUGGAAACAUUGAUGAGCAAUUGAAACAAGCUGAGGCUGAACACCAUGACUGGGAUAUUAAGGCUGAAGGCAGGAACUUGCUGGAACACGAGGUCAAAAGGAGAAGGGAGGUUAGGAAGCUAGUCUACGAUCUGAACAAAAAGAAGGAGUGUUUAUGGCAUCAAAAAUCCAGACUGACAUGGCCAACCAAUGGGGACAAAAAUACAAGGUUUUUUCAUAUCUUGGCUAGUAGUAGGCAAAGAAAAAAUUUGCUAGAUUCUGUCAAAGAGAAUGGUGUCAUCUAUGAUCAGCCAGAUGUUAUGAAACAGGCAGUAGUGAGAUAUUUUAGCCAAUUAUUUUCUGAGGAGUGGAAGAUUAGGCCCAAACUGUCAGGAGUAUUUGUCUCAAUUGGUCCUAAAGCCUCAGAGUUGUUAGAGGUAGAGUUUUCAGAGGAGGAAAUUUGGGAAGCAGUCAAUGAUUGUGAUAGUAACAAAGCCUCGGGGCCUGAUGGAUUUAAUUUAUCUUGCAUCCAGAAAUGUUGGAAGAUAAUGAAAAAAGAGAUAGUUUUAUCUAGAAGAUUGAGAAAGGUACUUCCAAAGAUAAUUAGUGAAGUGCAAUCGGCCUUUUUUAGUGGAAGGUGUAUCCUAGAUGGGGUGCUAAUUGCCAAUGAAGUGGUAGAUUGGUGGAAGAGAUCAAAGAAACAAGGCAUCAUCCUUAAACUGGAUUUUGAAAAGGCAUAUGAUUCAGUAAAUUGGGAGUUCUUGUAUUCAAUGUUGACCAAUUUUGGUUUUGGAGAGAAAUGGGUGAGGUGGAUGAAAACAUGUAUCUCUACAGCUAGAGUCUCAGUGCUAGUUAAUGGCUCACCUACAACAGAAUUCUCUCCAAUGAAAGGCCUCAGGCAAGGUGACCCACUUUCACCCUUCCUAUUUAACAUUGUUGCAGAGGGUCUUAACUUAUUGAUGUCAAGAGCUAAAGAAGUGGGUUUGAUAAAAGGAGCUUCAAUUGGUCCAAAUGAUUUGAGAUUAUCUCACCUUCAGUUUGCAGAUGAUACCAUUAUAUUUUGUGAAGCAGAUGUGGGGGAAAUUAUUGCUAUUAAGCGAAUUCUUAGAUGUUUUGAGGUAUUGUCUGGACUUAAAAUUAAUUUCCACAAAAAUCAGGUUUGUGGAAUAGGUGUACAGGAUGAUCUAGUGAAAGUUUUUGCAAAUAGGCUACAUUGUCAUAGCCAAAAGCUACCUCUGAAGUAUUUGGGUCUGCCUUUAGAAGCAAAUCCAAGGAGAAAGAGCACCUGGCAGCCAGUGGUGGACAAUUUUAAGGUGUUUGUCUUUUGCAGGUAG